AUGGUACAGCAGGUGACCGACGUAAGAUUCGGUGGAGAUUUAAAUGGAUUUGUACCGGUUUCACCGGUGUUGAAUCCCGAUCCGCAAAGGCCAAACUACAUGUUUCAAACGGGUUGUACCUUAUCCACUCUUGACACUUCAUCUUAUUUGCUAGACCCGCAAGUGGUUCAGUCGCCAGUAAUUAAUGUUCAUCCGCCGUCCAAGGUGCAUCUCGCUAGCAGUUACUUCGAGCCUCUGCUUCGUGCUUUCGCGAAUCGCCUCUGUGCACUGCCGACGACUUCGAGCCCUAGACCAACUGCGCCUGCUGGCUGCUUCGCUUCGCCUCCGUUACUUGGUAACCUACUUAAACCAGAAAGGAAUUCUACUCCUGAUGAUGGUGCAAGCAGUAGUAUGGAUUCCAAUAGCAGUUUGGAUACCAAAGGCAGUGAAAGUGACAGCAGCAGCAGCUAUGGAAGUUGUGGUGCCGGCAAUGCCAGUAGAAAUGUAGUAAUUUCAUUUAGGACUUGA